CUUCACGAAUUUAUACAAUUUUUUUAAGUAGAUAAUCAAUCUAUAUAGAAAUUUUGAUUAGAUUAGAUUAGGAAUAUUCAUUUUUUAUAUCUGGUCUCAUUAAAAUAAAAAUGUUUACUAGUUGAUACAUUUUGACGACACUAUUUGCACCUUCUUCUCUCGACUGUACUAAUAUUCUGUGUAUAUAUUAUUUUUCACAUUUUUGUUGUCAUCUAGUAUUUUUUAAAACUCAACUUCUCGCAAUGUCAUACUAUAAAUACCUUUUCAAGUACAUUAUUAUUGGUGAUACAGGUGUUGGGAAAAGUUGCCUCCUGUUGAGGUUUACAGACAAACGCUUUAAACCUGACCACGAUUUAACAAUUGGUGUUGAAUUCGGAACCAGAUUCAUAACUGUACAAGGAGAACAAAUUAAGUUACAAAUUUGGGACACGGCUGGUCAGGAGUCGUUUCGUUCAAUCACUAGAUCGUACUACAGAGGAGCAGCAGGAGCUUUGCUUGUAUUCGACAUUUCGAGGAGAUCGACUUUUGAACAUCUUACCAAAUGGCUUGAAGAGGUCAGAGAUCAUGGGUCUCCUACUAUGUCGAUCAUACUAAUCGGGAAUAAAACUGAUGUUGCAUCUAGGGAAGUUGAAUAUCACGAAGGCAAGCAAUUUGCUGACCAAAAUGACCUCAUUUACAUGGAGACUUCCGCUAAAGGUGAUUACAACGUGGAGGCUGCGUUUUUGACAACGGCUGAGUUAAUAUACGAAAAUGUCAAAAAUGGCUUGUUUGACAUUGAAUCAGGGGUACAAGGAGUAAAGAGAGGACCAAUGGGAGUCUCAAGUAGAAGAAAUAUAUCACUUCGUGAUGGUGGAGGUUUUCUCAACCUUUCAUGUUGUGCUCAUCGCUGAAUAUUAUCGUCAUUUUUAUUCAAAUUUACCUGAAAUAAUGCUGUUUAAUUUUUGCUAAUAUCUUUUAAAGAUUUA